CAAGAAGUAUAUUCAAAUGGCUGGAGAUAAAGUGAAGCUAUUGGGAUUUUGGGGAAGCCCUUUUGCACUUCGUGUCGAAUGGGCACUCAGACUAAAAGGGGUCGAGUAUGAAUAUGUUGAAGAAGAUCUCUCGAACAAAAGUCCGAUGCUUUUGCAAUAUAAUCCUUUGUACAAGAAGGUACCGGUUCUAGUGCACAAUGGUAAACCGAUCAUGGAGUCGCUUGUGAUAAUUGAGUACAUCGAUGAGACAUGGAAGAAUCGUCCGCUACUUCCAAUAGAUCCUUUUGAGAGGGCUACAUCUCGUUUUUGGGCAAAAUUUGUCGAUGAUAAGUUUGUGCCAUUGAUCAUUAAGAUGUCAUCGAGUACACGAGAGCAGAAAGAUAAGGUUGCAGAAGAGGCACGCGAGGUUCUGAAGACACUUGAGAGUAGUCUGAACCAGAAUAAACCCUUCUAUGGAGGAAAAAUCUUAGGAUUUAUGGAUAUUGCAGUUGCGUGGAUUGGAAUAUGGGCCCCAAUGCUCGAGAAAAUCAUAGACAUAAAACUUUUGGAUGAGGAGUAUAUGCCAUUGUUGAACACUUGGUUUAGAGAUGUUCUUGAAGUUCUUGUUAUCAAAGAGUGCAUCCCCCCUCUCGACAAAUUGCUAGCACACUACAAAGAUUAUUAUGAUCGAUUUAUGGCUACUAAAUCUAAUUGAACUACACAUUGAUGAAUUUGUGCUUGUUAGAAGUUCUAUGCAUUGCUAGAAUAAAUUAAAAGUAUUGGGCAUAAUAGGUUCCAACACUCUAUCUCAUCCACAACGCUAUGUUGGAGAACUUGUGUCAAAUCCCAUUUAUGGGUCUUACAGGCGUUCAUUAGACUCAUAAUAGUUAAGUUUGAGAACAAAGAUUGUACUGAAUGUUUGUAAUGGUUAAUUCUUGUUUAAUAUAAUGUGUUAGGAAGAAACAAUAACAUUACACUUUUC